AUGAAACGUUUAAGGAAGGUCAUCAAGACGCUGGAAGACUCUCAGAGGCUGGCAACCACUGGUCCGGAGCGGCAAAAAUUCCUAUUCACCGUUGGAUUUUUGCGAGGUAUUGAAAUUAAAUUAGGACUAUUGCUGAAACGUGGCCGUGGAGUGCAAAAUCGACAGAGGCUCAUCGACUGCGUGCGAUGGUCGGAUCUGAACUCUUCGUUCAAGAACGGCAUCAGGGUAGGCGUAUUCACGAAUUUGAAGCACGUCGACGUGAAAGCCUUCAUGAAAGACUGCAUGGCGCAUUUCCGCGCAAAGAUCGACAACGUACUGCUGAGUAGAGGUGUCGCAGUGAAGGCUUACGCCGUGCUCGCUGCAAAAUUCACCGUCACGAAGAAUGACGAAGAGAUCAUCGAUCUGAAGUUCUUCAACACGAAGGCGGCACCGAUUUUCAACACUACGGAUACGGGAAAAUGGUUCGUGGAGCACAUACGGGAGCCGAUUCUGACGGAUCUGGAGGAAUUCGAGCAGCAGGGUUCAGGCUGGUCACUGCACUCGAUCGUGAACAUGACGCUGCACAUCAGCAAGUUCAAUCCGAUGCGUGGCAGCUCUUACGUGGAUCUUCCAGCCAAGAUCCGAAACAAGAACGCGUGUGUCAACGUGCGGAACAACGACGAACAGUGUUUCAAGUGGACCAUACUGUCGGCGCUUCAUCCCGCCCACCAUUCCGAUCGCGUCUCCGAAUACAGUCCGUACGAGGCGGAAUUGAACUUUGACGGGAUCGAGUUCCCCAUGGAACCGCGCAACAUUCCGAAGUUCGAGAAACAGAACGACGUCUCGGUAAAUGUAUAUAUUUUGAAGAAGAAGAAGCGAGACUUCGACGUGAUGCCCCUGCACGUGGCGGCAACGAAGAAGCAGCAACACGUCAACCUGCUCCUGGUACAGGAUCACUACGUGGAGGAGGAGGAGGAGGAGGAGGAAGAGGACGAGGAGAACGAGUGCUACAUGAUACCGAGGUUCCAUUACGUGUGGAUCAAGAACUUGUCUCGCUUGGUUUCAAACCAAUUGUCGAACAGAAACCACAAACUCCACAUCUGCGAUCGCUGCCUCCACUACUAUCGCACCGAAGACAAGCUGGCCGCACACGAAAUUGACUGCGCAAUAGUCAACAAGUGCAAGAUCACCAUGCCCAAAUGGUCGAACAGGAUGCUCUACUUCAAAAACCAUGGACACAAGGAGCGCGCACCAUUCAUCAUCUAUGCGGACUUCGAGUGCCUGCUGAAGCCGACUCGUGACGAGAACACCUACCAAAAGCACGAAGCAUUCAGCGUGGGGUACUACGUGAAGUGCAGUUACGACGACUCACUCUCGCGGUAUCGCAGCCACAGGGGUCCGAAGCCUGCGGAAUGGCUAGCCCGAGAGCUGCAAAACUUCGCCGCGGAACUCGACAACGUCUACGCGAACCCCCGACCGAUGGAGAGACUAACGCUCCAGCAGCAGAGAGAGUUCCACGCCGCCACCAAGUGUCACAUGUGUGAGCGACCCCUGUUGGGCGGUGACAGAGUGCGAGAUCACUGCCAUCUGACGGGCAAGUACCGCGGUGCAGCGCACAACGAGUGCAACCUGAACUAUCAGGACUCGAAAACCGUGCCCAUCGUCUUCCACAAUCUCACCGGCUACGACUCCCACUUCAUCAUACGAGAAAUCGCCACGUGCUUCGCCGGUCGAGUCGAAGUGUUGCCACAGACGAAAGAACGCUACAUCUCGUUCACGAAGCACAUACACGGUAGCGAAGUGAAGUUCCGUUUCAUCGACUCGUUCCGCUUCAUGGCGUCGUCGUUGGAAAAACUUGCGUCGUACUUGAGCGACAUGAAGAUCGUGAGGAGCGAAUUCUCCCACCUGUCCGACGAGAAAUUCAAGUUGCUCACGAGGAAGGGAGUGUUUCCCUACGAUUACGUCGACUCGUUGGAUAAGCUCAACGACACCGAGCUACCACCGAAAGCGAGCUUCCACAGCACGCUGAACGACAGCGACAUCUCGGACGCGGACUAUGCGCAUGCUAAGAGAGUGUGGGACGAGUUCAACAUCCGGAGCUUGGGCGAGUACUCGGACCUGUACUUGAAGACGGAUGUGCUUCUCCUCGCCGACGUCUUCGAGAAUUUCCGCAACGACUCUGUGCGAGCGUACAGCCUGGACCCCGCCCACUACUACACGCUACCUGGUUUCUCGUGGGACGCCAUGCUCAAGUACACGAAGGUUCAACUGGAACUGCUCACGGAUCUCGACAUGCACCUGUUCAUCGAGUAA